UCCAAAAUCACCCAAAUGCCAAAUCAGCCAUUCACCCUAUGCUGUUGCCGCAUCGCACCAUUCACCCUCUACUGCUACUGCAUCGCCCCAUUCACCGUCGCCUCUAGAGACUCGUUGACAUCGUUGGAGGCCCGUAGCCGUCGACCACAUGAAUUCACAGCUCCACCGCUACAUCGUGCAUUUUGACGACUGCCUGUGAGCCACGCCCUGCCAUUCCGCCGCAUCGCGCGUUGCAUCUCGCACUCCUUAGCCACUGAUGACGGUCGUUUGCAGCCACGCCCCGCCAUUCUGCUGCAUCUCGCACUCGUGAGCCACCGACGACUGUUGUUUGCAUCCACGCCCCGCUAUCCCGCCGCACGCCCACAUCUCUACAGUUAGCCAAAUGUCAAACGCAAAUUCGAAUGAAUUAAGUACUCCUAUUGAUCAAGUGCCUUCUGUUAUUUUUCUUUCUACUCAAGAUUCAUCUACAAGCCCAGUCAUGGAUAAUGCCACUACAAAUAUUGAUGAAUCAAAUCAAAAUAAAGAAAAAGAGUAUGAGGAAAAUCCAUUUUGUCCGAAGAAAAGGAAGUGAACUUCGAAAGUGUGGACUGAAUUUAAGGAAAUUACACUUUCUGAUGGAACAAUGAAGGUAAAAUGUAUUCAUUGCAGGCACCAACUUGGAGUAAGCAAAAUUGGUGCCACAACACACUUUCUUAGACAUUUAAAUAGUUUCCUAAGAAGGAAGAUGAAUUUGAAAGGGCAACAACAACUCAACAUCACAACAACCAUAACUGAGACAGAAAGUGUGACGUCUGUGAAGAAUUUUAAAUAUGACCAUACAAAAAAGGCUAGUCAUGCAAUUGCAAGCAAAUAUUGUUUUUCUGCAUACGAAAUUGAGAAGAAGAAAGUGAAAGCAUUAAUGAAGGACACUAAUAAGAUUGUGGCACAAGGUGGAAUGCAACUUAUUUCAUGCUAUCACCUGCUUUGGAGUUUAAAUAUCUCUUCCCUCGAUAUCAGCAAAGAGAUUGAAGUUAUACAUAUUUGUCUAGUGAGGAUGAUUGGCAAAAGGUUAAGAAAGUGUGCUCUUUUCUUGAAGAAUUUAAUGAAGUUAUUAAUGUCAUUUCAGGUUAUAUGGACGUUGAAGUUGAAAUUCAAGUUGACUAGUUGAGCAAACAUGAAAAUGAUUAAAUUAUAUUAGUUUGUUUUAACUGUUCGAAGUUGGAAUCAACUUUAUUCAUUUGAUAUUAAAUUUUGUGUGUAAUUCUAUUAUAUUGUUGAAUUUGUAUUUAUUUGUGUUAUUUUAAUUAUGAAUUGUGUUAUGUACUUUUUUUUAUGUGUGCACUCUCUUUUUUUAUAUUAUUUAUAUUAAUGAUGAUUAAAACUUAUUAAAGCGUAAUUAUUAAUUCGAGCUCGAGCCUAAACUCGAGCUCAAAUCGAACUUUUUAAUUUCGAGUUCGGUCUCGAGUUUUUUUAACGAGUUUCUUAAUCGAGAUUUUUGAGUUCAAGUUCGAGUUUUAUUAACAAGUUUUUUAAUCAAGUUUUUCGAGUUCGAACUCGAAUUAGGCUCGUUGUUAUACUGAAUGAGCCUUUCACGAGUCGAGCUCGAUUAUAAUAUUUAAUUCUCGAGCUGAAUUGAAUCAAAUAUUAGGGUUCGAGUUUAAGCUCGAACUUCCAAACUUUUUUAAUAAACGAGACUGAGUUUUACAAAGUUCAGAUCGGUUCGGUUUGAUUACACUUCUAUAUCUAAUGAGGAGAAGGCUAAUCAUGACCACGUUGUUUCUUUAAGUUUGUUUUUCAAAUUUGUUUAGUUCGUUUU